UGAUAUGAAAAAUUGAAAUCGCUUUAAGAUAUCAACAACAUGAGGACGACAUAACCAUUAGAUAAAGGUGAUCCCAAUUUCAAAAUAUUUUUGUUUUUCUUUUGAUUAGGAGAAGCGUUGAUUGAUGUAAUCUACAAGUUUUUAGAUAAAAUCGUGCUUUUGCCAGUUGUUUCAACAAUUGUGUGCUAGUGAAACAAGUAGGAACCAUCCUAGAAACUUGAUCACUACAUUAUAAGUAAAAACACAGUAAGCUACACUCUCUCUUGAUAGUCAUGGCAGCCUUUUGUACUGACAGAGAAAAGGAACAGGUAGUCGAGAAGCUGAAGGAACUUUUCGGCAGUAGACUUGAUUUGGACAUUAUUAAAGCUGUGGCAAAAGCUUUUAACUUCGACGUUAACCAGAGCAAAAACGAACUCCUAGAACUCGCAAACACUUGGCCCUACAAACAAGUCCAAACCGCAAACAUGCCAGGUUCCACGUCUUCCCCCAAUUACAGCCCGAACCACAGAUCCAAAAAAUCUAUCGAACUUCAGCGAGUCCUAAAAGAAAUCAACGACGGCUUUAAAGUUUUGAUUAUCUUACGUGGUUUGCCAGGCGCUGGCAAAUCUACCUUAGCCAAAUCGAUUUUGGAAAACACCAUUGGCUACCAUCAGGACAAUUCCCAUAUUUUAUCCACUGACGAUUUUUUCAUGGUAAAUGGAUGUUAUCAAUUUGAUCCCACUCGUUUAAGUGAAGCUCACGGUUGGAACCAUCAAAGGACUUUUAAUGUAGUUUCAAAAGGCUACAGCCCUGUUAUUAUCGAUAACACUAACGCUCAAAUGUAUGAGAUGAGGCCUUACGCAUCAAUGGCUAGUGAUUUUGGAUAUAUUUUGGAAGUCCUAGAACCCGAUACCCCAUGGUGCUUUAACGAAAAGGAGCUCACCAAGAAGAAUACACACGGAGUAAGCAAGGGGUCUAUUAGAAAUAUGCUUGAUAGAUACCAGAGAAAUGUAACCCCACCGAAACUGUUGGCAGCUUAUGAUAUCAAAUAUAAAAUUCAAAAACCUCCUCAGUAUAGAUUGCAUCCGCCUUUGCAGCAAAACUCUAGCAACCAAACUAAAAUACAACCAGAAUUUAAUUUCAAAAUACCACCACCAAAAAAACCAGUUGAUUUUCGAAGUAAAAAAUCCCAACAAAGUACCUCAGUUGAUGAUCUCUUAAAUGCCGACUCGUCUUUGAUACAAACUCCAGUUCUGAAACCAGUUUACACAACUAAAAUUAAACAGAGCAGUAGUUUAUAUGAAAGUAUUAACUUGAAGACAUGGGGAAUCGAUGAACAAGCUGUACAAUCUUGGGAUAUUUGCACACCGUUAAAUGUUAACGAGCCAGGACCUGCACCAAUUAAAAUAGACGAUGAUGAGGAUAUUUUCGUUGUAAAAGCUGAUAUGGCUAUUGGUACAGAGGAUUGCGAUUCUCGUAUAAUAAAAAACUUAUUGGUAAUUGAUCCACCUGAACCAUAUAAAGUCCUGACAGCUUAUAAUAGAGAUAUUAAUGAAGGUGUGCCUCCAAAACAGCCAACUAUCUGUAAAAAACUUAUGUUACAUACAAGUACUAUGACAGAAGAGCUUGAUGAUCAUGCGGCGGAUAUUGAUAAAUUAGUAACCGUAUUUCCAAAAGUCACACAAAAAAUUAUUGAAUAUUGGUACAAAAAGUGCAAUUAUAAUUUCGAAUUCACUUUCGAGUUGUUGCUUUCAACAAAGCCUGAUGUUAUUAAUUCAUCUGUUAGUGAUGACGAAAUUCAAGAAGAUGAACAAGAAAUUCCUACUGCUGUUGAUAGUGAUAGUAGUUCAUCUUCAAGUGGCCCUACGAAAAACAAACGCAAAAAUUGCAAUAGUUCAUCUUCAGAAGAAUCGCAAGGGCUAAAAAAAUACAUCGAAAGCAAGGUUAAUAUUAAUGAUGAUCACUAUUCAGAUAAGCUUAGGCGAAUACGACAAACAAGAUAUGGUGUUGCAGAAACAUCAACAUCUCCACCAAAAGACAUGGAACUUGAAGAUUUUGAAUUCGUUGAAGCAACAUCAUCUUCUUCUAACGAAAACGAUGAAAUUCUCGAGCUUAAUCUUGGUGAUUAUUUAGUAGAGCAACUAGAAGAUAAAUUUGCUGAGCCAACUUUACAAUAUCCCAAAGGAUUUCAGCCUGUCAUCCAAAUACCUAUUGCACUUGCCAGGCAAAUAUACACAUUUUACAUUGAGUCAGUGUAUCAACAAAUGGAAGCACAAAAUGUUGUUAUGGAGGCUAUGCAAAAAGAAGACGAAGAAUUUGCAAAGAAGUUACAAGAAGAAGAAGAAAAUAUACAACCAGUAGUCAAUGAACCAGUUGAAAUUCCUGAUAUUAUGCGCGAACAAAAACACUUGAGCAAAUGCCAAAAAGCUGCAGAUAAAUGGAAAGACGAUACACCAGAUACUUUAGCGGCUAGAUUAACAAGAGAUAAACUUUUCAAUUCGUUUCCUUCAUUAGACAAAGACACUUUGGUUGAAAUAUUGCACGCACACGAUAACGUUUACAAGGACACUGUAGAAACACUUUUAAUCAACACUAAUGUGGUUUUGAACGGGGAUGAUGAAGCUUUUAAACAACCUCCAAUCAAUACUGAAAUGAUGGAUGAAAUGUGGGCUGCACAUAAAAACUGUCAAAAAGAGGAAGAGCAUAAUGAAGCUUUUACAGCUCAAAAUUACCGUGAUGCAGCGAGCCGUUAUUUAGAUAAACGUAAAAUGCUAUACGAAAAAGCUCAAGGCUAUUACCAGCAAGGCCUUAUAGAAGUUGCCCAAUUCUACAGUGCUCUAGCUGCAAAACAAACACGCUUUUAUGAAAUCGCUAAUGGUUAUGCUGUUACUGGUUUUUUGGACCAACACUCAAAACGUUUAGAAGACUUCAAUACACUAGACUUACAUUAUCUUUAUGUUAAAGAAGCUCUACCGACACUUGAUAUGUUUUUGGAUAGGAAUAUCAAUCUGUUGCGUUUGAGUUCGACGAAAAAAGUUGAAUUUUUGCAAAUCAUUACUGGUAGAGGCAAGAAUAGUAAAGACGGAAAACCCAAGAUCAAGCCUGCUGUUAUUACUCGUUUAGCGAAGCGGGAUAUUGGGUAUCAAGAUUUAAAUCCCGGAUUGCUGAAAAUCAAAAUCACCAAACAGUCGAAAGUUACCAGUGAAUUGUAAGGUACCAAUGAUGAUGCUGAAAAAGUACAAAAAUUUAUUUACUUUUUUAAUAAAUAAUUCAUCAUUUAUGGGUCACUUAGUUUUAGAUUUUUUUAAUUAUUAUUAUUUUUUUUUAUGUUCUAGUGAGCGGCUUUAUAAAUUGUUUUAAUUUUUAGGAACAAAUUCUUGCUAGUUUUUUGUGUGUAGGGUAAACGUGACUUACGUGUCAAUUCUGUGCCCAUCUGUAACCAAAUCUAUAAGCCUAUAGACAAUUUGCAAUUCUGCACUGCAUUACAAAAUCUUAUAGAACUGUGAAUAUGUCUAUAGGUUUAUGAAAAGUUAUAAAUUUGCUUACAGAUGUGUGCAAAACUGACAUAUUAUUUUAAAUUUUAUUGUGCUAAGUAAUAAUAGUAUACAAUUUAAUUAUAUGUGCCUUCCAAUGUUGCCAUUUUAGUUUAUAUGACUAAUGUUUUGUUUAUGUAUAGUUAUUAUUUUUUAAUUGGGGAUUGGGUUUUUAGAUUAUAUUUUUAUGCAUAUGAAUCAUUUUUUUUUUAUCAGAUAGUUAUUAUUAUUUUUGUUUUGUAGCAUCUGUUGGAUUACGUUAUAAAGUUUUGUUAUUUGAAAAUACCUAGGAUGAAAGUUAAACAUUUUCUGACGACUGUAGAAAUUGCCUAGUAUAGAAUACAGAGUAUGGGAAUGUUGAUUUUUCUUACGAGGUAAACAUACUAUUUUUCCAAAAAUUAAAAAUUAUUGAAAUUCAAAGGACAUGAAGUUAUUGUAAUUAAAUUUGGUGAAAUUUUGAAAUAGCAUUAUUAAUUUUAUUCACAAAUGAGUUAAGGAUGCUAUGAAAUAAUUUAUAAUAUAUUGAAAUUCUUAAAAAUAGAA